AUGAGAACUUUGAUGAGUCUACUGACAAAGUCAGGUAGUGAAAAGCGAAAAUCGUCUUCUGUCAAUAAAGAAAAUGACAAUUUGGAUCCUUAUAUUAUCCCUUGUCAAAAGAAGAAGAAAGUUGGCAAAAAGAUGCAUAAUUUAAGCAAGCAUGUAAUG